AGUUGUCUCAGUGAAGUCAGUAGUCGGCCUUCCUUUGCAAGGCACUCGUUGAGUUCUACCCUAUUUGUUUGUCUUCCACUUAUUGAAUAAGACAAGCAUUGGCAACUUGAAUAAUAAAACACACGACUGGUAGUUUUUUCGACUGAUGCCUAAUCAGAACUUACAUUCUUACUUCUAGCCUUUGCGUUCAACGCGUUGAUUCAUAAAAAAUGUCAUUCGACGAUCAGCCGACUUUUCCUACAGAACGGAUAGCCCCUCCUAGGCAGUUACAAACGAGAUCCGACUACGUUCCUUCUGCUGCCGAUGUGUGCCAGAUAAAAGAAAGUCUCAGUGCCAUUGAGAAGGAAGUUCAUCGAUACGACGAUGAGCUUUUCCGUCUCUACACCUUGGUGGCGCAGCGAGAAGCUGAGCAAAGGGAACUCAAACUAAACGCGGAAAAAUGCCGCUCCAUUCUGGCGCCCAUCAGACGCCUUCCAAACGAGAUGUUGUCAGAAAUCUUCGCCCAAUGCUGUAAAGAAGGCGACGAAGACGUUAAUUGCAUGAGUGACACGAGGACUUUGAGCGCCCUGAGCAUCUCCCUCGUCUGCUCUCGCUGGCGUACAUUGGCGAUUUCAACAAAAAGCCUUUGGGCCGUAUUUUCCAUCACUCCAACGGACGUAUCCACCUUCAGUAUGCAAUGUCUCCGGAUGUAUAUCUCACGUUCGGGCGAUGUUCCACUCACUAUCCAAGUCCCAAAUACUUACGUCAAUGUACCUGCCGCUGCACUAGCUGGUGCAUCCCAGUUUUACAACGUUCUCCUUGACGCUGCUCCUAGGUGGCGCAAAAUCGAGAUAGCAACUAUCUAUUUUGGCCAAAGGCUCUCCCCCAUCAAGCAUCAUCUCCAGAAUCUGGAAGAGCUGAACGUUGAUUCGGAAUGUCUUUUCGCAGCUGAUCCUGACAUCUUCGUUGAUGCUCCCAAACUUCGCACCCUAACCGUCUUUGUAACCUCAGAGGGUGUUUUCCACACAUUUCCUUACCACCAGAUCUCCGAUUUGUCCUUGUGCAUUCGGUGUCCCUAUGCAAGUUUCGUCAAUUUCCUUUCGAAGUUCCCUCGAGUACAAAACCUUGAGCUCGAAGGCUACCUCGACAGUAGUGGAAACAUUCAAGGUCAAGCGAAGACCGAUUUAACGACAGUACAAACACUCUGCAUCAACAUGGUUGAUAUGAUUCCCUUCGUCGUCCGCGCCUUCACAUUUCCACGCCUCGAAUCAAUCACGCUAGUCUGCAAUGACACCGCACAGUCAUCCCGGUUUAUGCCUAUAUACCGACCAUUUCUCGAACUCUUGGAGCCUUCGCACGGGCUAAAGAUGCUGGUCCUCGAGCAAAUCGACGUUGAGGACCAGGAAAUGAUAGCCAUCCUAAGGCUGACACCCAGCCUUAUCGAGCUGUCUAUACAGUGUACUGAUAUAAUCUUAGCAGAAAUUGUGGAGGACUGUAAGACGCUGAGGGAUGGUUUCGUUCGGUCGCUUACCUUCUCUCCGCCCAUCAUCCAAUCCCAGAAUCCUCCAGUAGCCAAUUUGCUGCCGAAGCUCACGUCUCUUGACCUCGCGUUGAACACGUCGUCUACCAUGCAUGAUGCCUUAGUAGAUAUGCUUACCUCGCGUUGGCAUCCUCCCGCACUAGUGUCCGUGCAUGAACGUGUUUCAUGCCUGGACUCUGUUACUCUGCGGAAUAUUGUCAAGCCGGAACAUGCCACGACAGUCAGUCAAUUGCAGGAUCGGGCGGGAGAAGAGCAUCAUUUCCGGUGGUUGGACUCCAAGGCGUUGUCUCUGACUAGGAAGCGUAAAUGAUUUCUAAUGGGGAUCUAUGAUUGAGUGCAACAACCUUCGUAGUUAUAGUUGCGUGUACUCCAAACUUGACU